AUGACAGAAAGCGCUGUGGUAUACACGGACCCGGGUGUGACAGACGGGCCCUUGGUGACAGUGUCCUUCCAGAAAAACAGUCAGAGGAAGCUCAAGUUUCUGGAGGGAGAGCCCAAAGCCCUGGGGAUCGCUCAGAUAGGCUUGGUCGUCUUCCACAACAGCUGCGUGGCCAGCUUGGUCGGAGAUAGGACUGGUCUGGCGACGCCUUGCUUCAUUACAUCCGUGUUUGUUUUUAUUGCAGGAAGUGUUGCCAUAGCAGCAAAAAAUCUCCAUCUUCCCACGAUCAGGGCUUGUCUGGGUUUAGAGAUUGUGGCGACUUUGGCUUCCGUCAUCAACCUCAUCUUCACUUUUGUUCUAAUGGUGCAUCCUUUAACAUUUGGACGUUCCUGCUAUUAUGCAGAAAAAGAGGCAAAACAAAGCUGCCUGAAAAUAGAGGAGGCUCACUCGGUUCUGUUCGCUGAGUUAAUUAUCGUCCAGUUGGUUCUCCUCGCCAUUUCAGUCACUCUGGCUUGUUAUGCCGGUAAGGUGGUCAACUGCUGCUGUCCCCCUCCGAAAGUGCCUGUGAUCAUGUUACAAGCUCCUCCUGCUGCACAGACAGACCCACAGUAA